UUUCUCCGUCUCUCUCGCCACUCUUUGUUUUCCGUUCACUCUCUGUCCGAGUCAUCGGGAUAUGAAGAUCUCCUGGUCUCUUUACACAGGAAUCCAGAGAAGCGUAACGACCUCCAAUAGGCCGUGAAGAGGAGCGUCUUUCAGAACCUCCUGGAUUUGAAGUUUAGGACGGAGAGGCGUCAGAACCGACUCUGUUGGACUGAGAGAUUUCUCUGAAGAUGAUGAACCCAAAGUUUGUGGCGGUGCUUCUGUCUCUAGUUGUGGUGUUGGGGGUGAUGUUCAUCUACGUUUACCCCAUCUACAGAUUCAGGGAAAGCCUCUGUGAUUCUUCAAAAGACCUAUCUGGGGAUGGACACCUCUUCAGGAGUCCUGACCUACACCUGGUGGCAACCGAUGGGUUGAAGUACCCACAGCCGAGCAUCACGCAAGGUCGGACGGACAUUGUGUCGGUGACGCCCUGGUUGGCACCGGUCGUCUGGGAGGGAACCUUCCACCCAGUUCUGCUUGACAGCAUCUACCAAAAGAGGAACAUCACCGUUGCUGCCACAGUGUUUGCUGUUGGGAAGUACAUCAGGUUCCUGAAGGACUUCCUGGAGACGGCGGAGCAGCACUUCUUCGUAGGUUUCAGAGUGAAGGUUUAUGUGUUCACCGACCGGCCGAAUGAGGUGCCCAAAGUGAAAAUGGCUGCUGGCAGAGAGCUGGUGGUGCAUUCGGUGCCGAACUCCAAACGUUGGCAAGAAAUCUCAGCCAGAAGGAUGGAGAUCAUCCAGACGCUGAUCGAGGAGACGCUCAACAAAGAUGUGGACUACAUCUUCUGUUUGGAUGUUGACUCAAAGUUUCACAGUCGAUGGGGAACCGAGUCAUUAGGAGAACUGGUGGCUGUGAUCCAUCCAGGGUACUACAAGGACGACCGCAGUAAGUUCCCAUACGAACGGCGGCCCACCUCCAGAGCUUACGUGGCUCCUGGCGAGGGCGACUUCUACUACUGCGGUGGCGCCUUCGGAGGCGUCCUGGCCGAGGUUCAUCAGCUCGCUCAAACCUGUCGCAAGAACUUCGAAGACGAUGCCAAGGAAGGCAUUGAGGCCGCCUGGCAGGAGGAGAGCCACUUGAACAGGUACAUGUUGCUGAACAAGCCCAGUAAGGUUCUGUCUCCUGAGUACUUGUGGCAGGAUUUCAAAGCCAGAAACGCGGAAGUUCUCGUAAUCAGAUUCUCUGGGGUCAUAAAGAACUACAAUGAAAUACGACCCAACUGAGCUGAAGUACUGGGCCAACCAACGUUUAGCUCCCGAGAUACUUCCUGUUUGCUCCGAUUCAGACUCAAUACCUCUUCUGAGCUUGUACAAUACUUACCGACUGGAUCCGUUCUGUUGUUUCACUGGUUUAACUGGGAGUCUGUUUGAAGGGACCUGAAAGAACCCAGAGGUCUGUACCUCAAUUAAAGCUGCUGCUGGUUCUGAUUCUUCAGCUGCUGCUGGUUCUGAUUACAGUUUAACUUGAUUGUUUUUAAAUAUGGUGAAAUACACAGAGAAUAUGUUUCAAUAUUCAACAAAAUUCUUCAAAUCAGAUUGUUGCAUUGCUAUUUUCUUUGCUUUAUACAGAAAGUUAAGAGCAAAACAAAAGUUUUGAAAAGAAACGGUUUAAUUUAAUUAAACUUUAUAUGACAAAUAAAGUUGGAACCAACGGUAUAUUGCUUUAUUCAGCAAUUAUGAAAAGUAACUAAGUAAAGUAAUUAUUGUUUAAAAUAAAUCAUCAGUAAAGUAGCUGGAUUACUUUCUUGGGGAAGUAGAAACUUGACCAGCUCUGCUCAGGAUCCUCCUGCACUCUCCUGGAACCACGGAUUCAAAAAGCUCCGUCAUUUCAGCUCUUCACUUUUUGGAUCUUUGCAGUUUGUCUCGUAUCGAGAGGUUCUGUCUGAGGCAACUGCCUCCACCAGGGGGAGCCGUUUCAAAACUGUAUGGCUCCAAUAAGUACUACCUACCAGCAGAAUGUGUUAUAUUUUAUAUCUGAUAAAGUUCUUGGACUUUUUUACAUGACUUUAUGUCCGUUUGGUGAUUGAAACUGAUUUAUAUAAACUUGUUCUAAAAACGCAGGACGUUUUGUCCAGCAGGGGGCACAUGUUGGGAACGCUUUAACAAAUAAUUACCACUGAGGAACUUUAAUACCCAGAAAAAUCUGAAUUUUGGAUGAAAUCCAGCAUCUUUUGGUACGAGGCUGCUAACAGAAAAUCUGUCAUCUAUGUAGGAAGGUGUGGGCUUGUAAAUACUGGAGUAAUGUUUGUUUCUUAUGGUUAGGUUUGAAUUACCUCUCUGCAAAAAUAUUGAUCGUUGUUAAAGUGAAAUAAAAAUAAUAAAACCUG